UGUUGUGUACACCGGUCUCUCUUCCGGAACACACCCACUCUCCUCUCAGUGCCCACUCGAGUUCGCUCGGAGUGAGGAUGAAGGUGCAGAACAUUCGGACCCUUUCUCUCAUCCUGUGUAUGAUAUCCUACCUGCUUGUGGGAGCCGCGGUGUUCGACGCCCUCGAGUCCGAGACCGAGAGCUCGAAGAAAAAAAUCCUGGAACAAAAGCGCAAUGAGCUGAAGAAGAAGUACGGAUUCACUCAGGACGACUACCGGGAGAUCGAGAGAGUGGUUCUACAGUCGGAGCCACAUCGCGCGGGGAGACAGUGGAAAUUUGCGGGAUCUUUUUACUUUGCCAUCACUGUUAUCACAACAAUUGGUUAUGGACAUGCUGCUCCAGGCACAGACUCUGGCAGGACAUUCUGCAUGUUCUAUGCUGUUCUGGGCAUCCCACUGACGCUGGUCAUGUUCCAGAGCAUGGGGGAGAGGAUCAACACGUUAGUCCGCUACCUCCUAUGCAGGCUCAAGUGCUGCAUGGGAUUACGGUGGACUGAUGUGUCCAUGGGGAACAUGGUGCUGGUGGGCCUCCUGUCCUGCAUGAGCACCCUCUGUGUUGGGGCAGCAGCCUUCUCCCACUUUGAGGGCUGGACCUUCUUCCAUGCCUACUACUACUGCUUCAUCACGCUCACCACCAUCGGCUUUGGGGACUUUGUGGCCCUGCAGAAGAAGGAGGCCCUCCAGAGGAGGAUUCCCUAUGUGGCCUUCAGCUUCAUGUACAUCCUGGUGGGGCUGGCUGUGAUCGGGGCUUUCCUGAACCUGGUGGUGCUGCGCUUCCUCACCUAUAGCACACAGGAGGGAACCAGGAGCCUGGAGGUGGAGCGAGAGGAGCAGGCAGCAGUGCCUACGAGGCCAUGGGGUGGGAAGGCGGUGGAGGAGGCAGAUGUGGAAGCAUCAGCACGGGACAGAGUUGAUGGGAUGGAGCAGAAAGAAGCUGAGGAUGGGCAUAGUAGCCGCUGCAAUUUCUCCCUUUCCAUGGAUGGAGGCACCAGUCGUACCAACCUCAUCCCCUGUCCAUCUGAGGAGCUCAGGGGGACCCCUGGGGUCAGGGAAUCUGCUAAGCACCCUGAGUUCUGCAUCAGCGCCCUCUGCUCCUGUAUGUGCUUCAGGCUGUGUGCCUGUGACAGCCCCUUUCCAUCCCGCUGUGAGCACUCAGGCUGUCACAGCAACCCUCUCUUCUACAACUCCAUCUCCUACAGGGUGGAUGAAGCCUCUUGCAGCUCCAGGGGCACCUCAGCCCAGUCCUCCCCCAGCAGCGGUGCCCUUUUCCUGGGGAUGAGCAGUCCUCACACACGGAGGAAGUCAGUGUAGCUACCUGGAUUGUUGGGAUUGACUCUGGACUGAAGUUGCCUUUGUUCUUAUCUUUUGAUGUGAAUCUCUGAGAGGAAUACAGUGCAGACAGAGAUGCUACUGAUUCUCUGAAGGUGGAACAAAUUGUUUGUUUUUCCUGUUAAAAAAAGGUAGCAUUUACAGGUUUCAGGUUGCGCUUCUCUGUUUAUUUUUACAGUCAAAAUGUAGCUUUUACAGAUAUCCUGUUCUGCAUUGUAUUUAGCAAUUUCAU